CGGCGAUGGCGGCUCGCAGUUCGAUUCCGGAUUUGCUGUGAACUGCAAGCAGUUUUCAUGGUUGUUGAGGUUGUAGGGACGGAUUCCGAUUCGACAAUUUGGACCCUAGCCUGAACCACAUUGGUCAAUUUAGCAGAGCGGGUUAACUUGUAGCUCCUUCGACCUCCUGUUCCUGUGUGGGUCCUUGUGUGGUCGCCGACAUGCUGAAGACCCGCCAGUGUCUACUUGGCAUCCGCACUUUCCUAGGUGUAACGUCCAGAAUGUGGGGAUUCAUCUUGUACAUUCUCAGGAAGCACCUACGCACGGUAAUCCAGUACCAGACGGUGCGGUAUGACACUUUACCACUGUCCCCCAUCUCCAGAAAUAGACUUAAUGCAGUGAAGAGGAAGAUUCUGGUGCUGGAUCUAGAUGAGACGCUGAUCCACUCUCACCACGACGGAGUCCUCAGACCCACAGUGAGACCCGGCACACCACCAGACUUCAUCCUCAAGGUAGUCAUUGACAAGCACCCUGUCAGAUUCUUUGUACAUAAAAGGCCGCACGUUGACUUCUUUUUAGAAGUGGUCAGCCAGUGGUAUGAGCUGGUAGUAUUCACGGCCAGUAUGGAGAUCUAUGGCUCGGCAGUGGCAGACAAGCUGGACAACAACAGGAACAUCCUGAAUCGCAGAUACUACAGACAGCAUUGCACGUUGGAUCUAGGUAGUUAUAUUAAAGACCUGUCUGUCGUACACAAAGACCUGUCUAGUAUCGUCAUCCUGGACAACUCGCCUGGAGCUUACCGGAGUCAUCCAGACAAUGCAAUACCUAUCAAGUCUUGGUUCAGCGACCCUAGUGACACAGCACUCCUUAACCUGCUGCCUAUGCUAGAUGCACUUAGGUUCACCGCUGACAUCCGAUCCGUCCUCAGUCGAAACCUCCACCAGCACCGGCUCUGGUGAUUGGCUGAUUCUGCGGGGAGGGUCUCGCUGAUUGGCUCUUUUUUUAUACCACUUCCCCCUACCUGCUCCCAUCGCUCCUCCGUUACCACGCAGUGGACCUUUCACCCCUCAGAAAAGGACAGAGGAGAGAAGGGUCAAAGCAGAACAUCCAACAAGGAAUGAACGGAGCAAGAUCUGGAGAGCCAGCAAAUGACUGGGGGGGAAGCCAACUUUUUUCUUUUUCUUCUAUGAUUUUUGAAAAAACUAAAUGGAGUCUCUCUGCCUUAGUUCCUAAUACUGACUGUGUAAGUACGCAUGGGGCUGAGUUUUUUUGUACACGAGUUGGGAGAAUGCUCACGUUUGUUCGUCAUGCUAAACUUUUGACGUUACAAAAAGAAUAGGGACAGCAAGGCAAUGAACUAGACAAGUUUCCAUCUUUUUUUUCUUACAUGUCAUUAGUCUGGACUGCACCUCUAACGACGCCUGUUAUUUUACUCUCUCUUUCUCAACUUGGUACUGGACUUUACUUCUGUUAAGAUGGCCAAGAGGAACCGGACGACAGAAUUAGAUGGAGGAUAAUAGUUUUGAUUGGGGGAAUAUAGGCCCUGUCAAUCAACCAGAGUAAUUCAUGUGUCGGGGGUACCAAUGAUUGAGUUAUGUCAAGUAAUUUUACGCAAUGAAGAUUUGCUACACAACACAGACCUCUCUGGAUGAAGUAUAAAGCAAUCUAUUUUAUUUUUUUAAUCAAAUGACUGUUGGUUAGACAUGAUCAUUUAUCUCAAACGUGUUCCUUCAAAACCCCUUGUAGGAUGUAAGGAUGGACUGAAGAAAUUAUGAAAGAAAAUAAUGGUUAAAAAAAAUAUUUCAAUUUCUCAUCUUUCAGUUACCAUGAUGUAUAGUAUGACAGACAUCUCCAUUAUUGAAAAUCUUAUGCCUGAUACAUAAUUUCAAUUUGAGAUUUGCACUUAAUUUCUGGAUUUUUACUUUGUUGUUUUGUAUUUGAAGCAGAAUGAGCAGCCCUUUUGAUUGUUUCCUGUUCCCCUGACCGUAUUGGUUCCAUUGUCAAUGCCAUUUGAACAAUUUCAGUCUUGUCAAGACUGCUUCUUUUUGGCUCAGUCCCCAGGUCUGUGUUACUAAUAAAACACUUGUCAGUAUUGA